UGUCCGAGUUGCCCGCAGCCGAGGGGAGGGGUCUCGAAAGUACAGUUCCGCUUCCGGAGAUACUGGAACUCCCUGGCGGGCCUUUGGAAUCCUAGGUUCGUGUUGUUCUCGGACAGAGUUGUUUUUUGUUUGUUUGUUUCACACUCGCCCCCACAACUCCCAGUUGGGUGCAUGCAUGAGGUCUGACUCUGGAUUCUUUCCGGAGGGGAAAUUUUGGAUGUCAGUGACUGUUUCCGGAAGGAGCCGAGAAGACUCUCACUUCCGGCCGAGGUAGACUGUCCGACCUAGGAUGGAGACCGAGGAAGUGCUCUUGGAGGGAAAGAUGCUGCCGCUUCCUCCCGAGCCGCGCCUGGGCCCGGACUCCGGAGGAGAAGGCUGCGCUCAGGGCCUCGCAGACGUCCCGCCCGGGCCCAGCCCGGCCAUCCUUGCCCUGAAGAGCCUCCCCCGGGGCUUGGCGGUGGGUCCCUCGCGCGCCGAGGAGCAGCGCUUGGGGGUCUGGUGUGUCGGAGAGCCCCUGCAGCCGGGACUGCACUGGGGUCCUGUGGAAGAGGAGUCAGUCUUCUCCCAGAAGGGCGAGGGAAUGAAGCCACGGCUGGAGGAGGACCCGUCUCUCGGCCCAUGGGGACUUAUAGGCAGUUGGGAGCAGAGUUCAGGCUGGACCAGUUUAGUGCAGCUGAGCAGGCUGCAGAGUGAUGGAAAUGUGUCCCUGGUUUGGAUCAAUGAGAGGCUCCACCUGCAGGUGUACCAGGCUGUGAUGCCAGGCUUUGAGUUGCUACUCUGCCCCCAGUCUCCCUCCAAGGACCUGAGUGCCAUGCAGCCCAGCCUAGAAGAGAGAGCUAUAAUGGUGGUGGCAGGGGAGGAGUCUGCUGUACCAAAAGAAGUGGCCUCCCCCUGGGAAGAUGCAGCCAAGUCUUGCACAGAUCCUGCUCACCAGUCACCCCACAGUAUUCAGGCAGAGAAUAUGGUGAACUCUAAACCUAUGACCCAGACCCAGGACCAGUCUCCCAACUGUAGCCAACACCCUGAUCCGUUGCUUCAGGAUAGCAGCAUGCAUGAGGAGAGACCGACCCUUGAACCUCAGAGUGGGUCAGCUGUCCAGAAGGCCCCAGAGAGCAGUGAGACCGGUUUGACACCUACUAAAAGCACCCAGUUGCAUGCCUGCCUGCUCAAGAAGCUGCAUGGCCCCAGUGAUCAAUGUCUGCCCACAGCAAAGACCUCGGAGCAUGGAGGCCAGCCCUCUGGCUUCCCUAGUCUGCAGAAUCCUGGUCCAGUAAGAAGUUCCUCAAAGCAGGGGCGAAGGUAUCAGUGUGGAGAGUGUGGCAAGACAUUCUUGCAACUGUGCCACCUCAAGAAACAUGAGUUUGUGCACACAGACCACAAGCCCUUCCUGUGUACCGAGUGUGGCAAGAGCUACAGCUCAGAGGAGAGCUUCAAAGCCCACGUGUUGGGCCACCGUGGGGUGAGGCCCUUUCCCUGCCCGCAUUGUGACAAGGCUUAUGGUACCCGACGAGACCUCAAAGAGCACCAGGUGGUACAUUCUGGUGCCCGGCCUUUUGUGUGUGACCAGUGUGGCAAGGCCUUUGCUCGCCGACCCUCCUUGCGUCUGCAUCGCAAGACUCACCAGGUGCCAGUUGUCCCUGUCCCUUGCCCAUGCCCAGUGUGUGGGCAGCCCUUGGCUAACCAGGGCUCCCUACGAAACCACAUGAGACUCCAUACUGGGGAAAAACCCUUCCUGUGCCCACAUUGUGGCCGGGCAUUCCGCCAGAGGGGCAACCUGAGGGGACACUUGCGACUACACACAGGAGAGCGUCCUUAUUGCUGUCCACACUGUGCCGACACUUUUCCCCAACUGCCUGAGCUGCGGCGCCAUCUCCUUUCCCACACUGGGGAGGCCUACCUGUGCCCUGUGUGUGGGAAGGCCCUCCGAGACCCACAUACCCUCCGUGCUCACGAGCGCCUGCACUCGGGGGAGAAGCCCUUCCCCUGCCCUCACUGUGGCCGAGCUUACACGCUGGCUACCAAACUGCGGCGCCACCUCAAAUCGCACGUGGCAGAUAAGCCCUACCGCUGCCCCACCUGCGGCAUGGGCUACACCCUCCCCCAAAGCCUCAAGCGACACCUGCUCGGUCACCAGCUAGAGGCUUCCUCCAGGACCCCUUCGGUGCCUCCUGCUGCCUCUGAGCCUACCCUGGUGCUCCUACAGACUGACCCACAGCUGCUGGACACAUGCAGCCAACAGGAAGUGCCACCAGGUGGCAAUGUGGUCGAGGUCACCAUCUCAGAGAACCAGGAAAAGUGCUUUGUAGUGCCUGAGGAGCCCAGCCCCAGCCCCAGCCUGGUGCUGAUCCACAAGGACGUGGGCUUUGGUGGCUGGGCUGAGGUGGUGGAGUUGGAAACAGGCACCUGAUCCUGGCACUCCUGACAGCCCCCCAUAAAGACCCUUCUAGCA